GCACUUGUUUGAAGGGUGGCGGGUAUUUAUUAUUUUUUUGCAAACGCUCUGCAAAAAGCUUUGAUUCCUCAGAAAAAAAAAUUAAUUAGUGGACGAAUUACGUUGUUUUAUUAACCUGUGUUUAUCUCGGUUUUUGAGGUUAUUCCUUGCAUGGGAAGAGUUUCUGGGGAGUUCCCACCAAAACUAUCCGGUUUGAAUUAAUGUUUCCCUGUUUAGGGAACUCCUAGGACAUCCCUGAAUUCAUUUCUUGCCAUAGAAUUAGCAGAAAAAAAAAGAAUUGUGAAUGUGAAGCAAAAUGCUGCGAAGUUUCAUUGCGGGUAGGCAAAUUCUGAGCUGUGGAAGAGGGCUAUUUUUUGGUCCUGCUACGAAGUUUUCCGUGAAAACUUCAUCUUGGGGCUUUGUCUCAGCUCGUAUUCUGAGCACUAAGCCCAAUCUCUGCAGCUGUCAACAACAGAAUGAUCUGCAAAAGACCACAAAACUUCCGGAUGGAUUUUGGAAAGAAGUCAAAACGAAGGUGACACCAUAUGCUCAGCUGAUGAGGAUAGAUCGACCAAUAGGUUCUUGGUUACUUUUCUGGCCCUGUGCAUGGAGUAUUGGUCUCGCAGCAGCUCCAGGAUGUUGGCCAGACCCAGUGAUUCUUGGGCUUUUCGGUGCAGGGGCGUUUAUAAUGCGUGGUGCGGGGUGCACGAUAAAUGACAUGUGGGAUAGGGAUAUUGAUGCCAAAGUUGAGAGGACAAAGGGACGGCCACUUGUGAGUGGACAACUCACACAGACUGACGCUCUGGCUCUUCUGGCCGCUCAACUGGGUGUUGGCUGUGCAAUUUUGCUAAACCUCAAUUGGUAUUCGGUUGUUCUGGGCGCCAGUUCCCUCGGCCUGGUGGUACUCUAUCCUUUGGCGAAGCGUGUCACGCACUGGCCACAGUUGGUGUUGGGAAUGACCUUCAAUUGGGGCGCUCUGAUGGGUUGGAGCGCUAUUCAAGGAACUGUAAACUGGUCAGCAUGCCUCCCUCUGUAUGCAGCUGGGAUUUGCUGGACCAUCAUGUACGACACCAUCUAUGCGCAUCAGGAUAAAGUGGAUGAUGCCCUGCUCGGGAUUAAGUCAACCGCCCUUCGCUUUGGUGAAAAUACCAAGACGUGGCUCACUGGCUUUGCCAUCGCCAUGACAUCCGGGCUGACCACCUGUGGCCUUGUGUGCCACCAAACAUGGCCAUACUUUGCAUCCGUUGCUCUAGUCUCAGCUCACGUGGCGCACCAAAUCUCCACGCUGAACAUCAACAACCCUCAGGAUUGUGCCAGGAAGUUCAUUUCGAACCAUCAAGUGGGCUUCCUGCUCUUCCUCGGCAUUCUCCUUGGGACUCUACUGCAGGGUCCCGAAAAGAAGCAACUACCAAAGGCGCAGAUUAUUCAUGAGAAGCAGCUGGUGAUGCAGUGAUCCUCACGAUGAGUCCUUAUUUGCCGGAUUUAAUUCCUUUUUUCAGGUGCAAAUUCUCUGUAAAUUGAUUUGCAAAAUGAAAAAGUUAGAAAUC